AGGAUGCCAUGCCAACUUUUCCUGACAAGGAAGCAUUUUCCUGUAUUGAGAGGGAGUUGGGAUGUCCGCUUGAUUCCAUCUACUCAUCUAUAUCUGCAUAUCCUGUGGCUGCAGCCAGUCUGGGCCAAGUGUAUAAAGCUCAACUGAAGUAUUCCGGUCAGGUUGUUGCUGUUAAGGUUCAACGGCCGGGUGUUGAAGAAACAAUAGGAUUAGAUUUCUACCUUAUAAGAGGCUUGGGUUUGCUCAUUAAUGAAUAUGUUGACACAAUAUCCAGUGAUGUUGUUGCACUUAUUGAUGAAUUUGCUUGUCGAGUUUAUCAAGAGCUCAAUUAUGUUCAGGUGUAUGCAGGAAGGACAAAAUGCAAGAAGGUUUAAGAAGUUAUAUGCUGACAGAGAAGAUGUUUUUGUCCCGGAUAUUUUCUGGAACUGCACGAGCGGGAAAGUUUUAACUAUGGAGUGGGUGGAAGGUGUUAAAUUGAAUGAGCAAGAGGCCAUUGAGAGGCAAGGGCUAAAUGUUUUGGAUCUGGUGAACACUGGUAUCCAGUGUAGUCUCAGACAACUGCUUGAAUAUGGCUAUUUUCAUGCAGAUCCUCAUCCUGGGAAUCUCUUGGCAACACCUGAUGGGAAGCUUGCUUUUAUUGAUUUUGGUAUGAUGAGUGAAACCCCUGAAGAAGCAAGAUUUGCCAUUAUUGGUCAUGUCGUUCACAUGGUUAAUCGGGACUAUGAGGCUAUGGCUCGCGACUAUUAUGCAUUAGACUUUCUGUCUCCUGAUAUAGAUGUUUCUCCCAUUGUGCCAGCACUUCAGAAUUUCUUUGAUGAUGCACUUAACUCCACUGUGAGUGACCUCAACUUUAAAACAAUUGUUGAUGGCUUGGGUGCUGUGUUGUAUCAAUACCCUUUUAAUGUUCCAGCGUAUUAUGCAUUGAUUCUAAGGUCCCUCACCGUUUUAGAAGGCUUAGCUCUAAAUGCCGACCCCAAGUUUAAAGUGCUGGCUGCAUCAUAUCCAUAUUUUGCUAAGAGGCUUCUUACUGAUCCGAACCCAUACCUUAGAGAUGCUCUCAUUGAGCUGCUUUUCAAGGAAGGAAAGUUCAGGUGGAGUAGACUUGAAAACCUGCUUGUGCAGGGAAAGAAGGAUCAAGAUUUUUCUGCAAAAGAUGCUUUACAGCCUCUCCUAAAGUUAUUAUUGGGUCCAGACGGCGAUGAGUUACGGGGUUUGGUGACUAAAGAGGCUAUCCGUGUCACUGAAGCUGUCAUUCUAGGAUCAAUUAUUGAAUCAUAUAACCUCAUCCCUGGUCCCAUGAGAUCUAUCUUCAAUAGCAGUGCAGUUGGUCUUCUUGUAGUGAAUACUGAAGAAGAGAAAAAUAUGAUAGAUCUCAGGGCACAAGUAAUCAGGAUAUGGGGUCUUUUGCAAUCCUCAGAGGGUUUUGACCCAAGUCUUCUACAACCAAUUUUACAGAUACUUCAAGAACCUGAGGCACGCCACAUUGGAGGACGUGUGGUGGGUGGAAUAAGCCAACGCCUUGCUGCACGAUUUCUGCAACAAGUUCUUCGUGCUCGUGCAUAGGAAGAUCAUGUCAGUAUAAUAUUACUGCUGCUGUAAAUUUAUUGUUAUCAAUAUGAAAUGACCUUCAAGCAAGCAAAUAGAUAUUGUACACGUUUUUAUAUUAUUACUCUCUGGAUGAGAAUAGUAGAUUAGUAGAUAUAAACAUUUGUUGUGCUUCAACCUAAUGAAAUGUAAUGCUAGUUAACCAACUAUUAGGUUUCUGACUAGUCCAGAAUAAGAAUGGUCACAAUCCCCAGAUUUGUUCCGGACUUCUAAUUAUAGAAUUUGUGGAUUGGUUCCCCU